AUGACUUUCUGUGCUUUACUUCGAGAUAACGGAAUCUUUAUGUUUGUAACAAAUGUUGAAGAUUUCGGUCAUUUAGUGAUCAGUUCGACGUUCGAUACAAAUCGGUUAAAUCCGGACUUUUAUGAGAUUUAUUCAAAUCAAAAGGAUUGGCAAAAACGAUAUAUUCAUGAAGAUUACAGCAAUAUUUUAAAAGCGGAAACCCAAGUGGAACAGCCCUGUCCUGAUGUCUUUUGGUUUCCUGUUGUUACGCCUGCUUUCUGUACACAACUCAUUGAAAUAAUGGAAAAUCACGGCGAAUGGUCUGAAGGGAAGAACAAGGACCCGCGACUGGCCGGUGGUUAUGAGAACGUGCCGACCAGAGAUAUACAUAUGAGUCAAGUAGGCUUUGAACAGCACUGGCUUUACUUUCUAAGGGAAUACAUUAGACCCGUUCAGGAGAAGCUCUUCGUUGGAUAUCAUCACGACCCGCCAAAAGCAAUAAUGAAUUUUGUGGUUCGGUAUCACCCGAACGAACAGCCGUCCCUUCGGCCACAUCACGACGCCUCCACUUAUACCGUCAACAUUGCACUCAACUCUCCGCACAUCGACUACGAGGGCGGAGGCUGUCGUUUCGUGCGCUACAACUGCAGUGUAACUAAUCCUCGUUUGGGAUGGACUUUCUUACAUCCGGGAAGACUCACUCACUUCCACGAAGGUCUUCGCGUAACUAAAGGCGUCCGUUAUAUACUCGUCUCUUUUGUCGAUCCCUAAUCACAAUCGCACUCUCUUUAUAUACAUAUACUUAAUAUGGAAAGCCUGACAGCUAUUGCUUACCUUUUCAUUAUAUUUUACAAUUUUAUAAUUUUAUUUGUGCC